AUGCUAAAACUAGUCACACCAAGGCACCUUAUACCCAGGGGCAUUAGGUAUAUACCAUUUAGGUCAUACUCUUCCCAACAACCUUCCCAAGGCUCAAUCACUGUUGAAGGUAAAACAUAUGAAUCAGAUGAAUGGACCAAUAUUCCACCAUUUAUUGUUGAAUUAAUACAACGAAGAUUACAUAAGAAUCCAAAUCAUCCUAUAGGUAUUCUUCAUCAUUUAAUCAAAACCAAUUUCAAAGGAAUGGGCUAUACUAUUUAUGAUGAUUUCCAUCCUAUUGUAACUAAAUUUCAAAAUUUUGAUGUAUUAGGAUUCCCAGAAGAUCAUCCAGGUAGAUCAAGAUCUGAUACUUAUUAUUUUAAUAAGGAUCACUUAUUAAGAACCCAUACGUCUGCUCAUGAACAUGAAUGUUUUCAAGAAUGUAAAACACCAGGAUAUUUAAUUACUGCUGAUGUAUAUCGUAAAGAUGAAGUUGAUAGAACCCAUUAUCCUGCAUUCCAUCAAUUAGAGGGUGCUCGUGUCUGGUCAAGAUCUGACCCAAAUUUAUUAGAAACUAUUCAAAAGGACAUUGAUUCAAUUCCAAAGACUAAUAUUAUUGUUGAGGAUCCAUUUAGAGAACAACCAAUUACCCCAGAUAAUCCAAAACAAGAUUAUAUGACUCCAGAAGAAGUACGUCUUGUAUCUACUCAUUUGAAGAAAACCGUUGAAUAUUUAGUUAAUCAGGUUUUUGAAACUGCAAGAGCAUCUGCCAAAAGAGCUGGAUCUACUGAACCAUAUCUUAAUGAACCACUUAAGGUAAGAUGGGUUGAAGCAUAUUUCCCAUGGACAUCCCCUUCAUGGGAAAUUGAAGUUUGGUGGAAGGGAGAAUGGUUAGAAUGUUGUGGAUGUGGUGUUGUUCAACAACAAGUGUUAUUAAAUUCUCAAUUAGGUAAUGAUAAGAUCAGUUGGGCAUUUGGUAUUGGUUUAGAUAGAAUUGCCAUGCUUUUAUUUGAUAUUCCAGAUAUUCGAUUAUUCUGGACAUUAGAUGAAAGAUUCCAUAAUCAAUUCAAACAAGGUGAAAUUAAUACAUUUGCUCCAUAUUCUAAAUAUCCUGGUAUUAAAAGAGAUGUUUCAUUCUGGUUGGGUGAAGAUUCAAAACUUCAUACCAAUGAUGUUAUGGAAAUUGUUAGAACUCAUGCUGGUGAUUGGGCAGAAAGUGUCUCAUUAGUUGAUGAAUUCGUCCAUCCAAAGACUGGUAAACAAUCACAAUGUUAUCGUGUUAAUUAUCAAUCAAUGGAUAGAAAUUUAACCAAUGGUGAGAUUAAUGAAGUUCAUGGAAAAGUAGAGAAUGAUUUAGUUUCAAGAUUUAAUGUUGAUAUUAGAAAUUGA